AUGGAGGAGGCGACCAAGCUGAAGCAGGUGCGCAAGGGGGCCACAACGCCGGUCCCCUUGCCGGUGAGCUACUGGCUCUACUUCAAGCGGGCCAUCCUCGAACGCCCCGAAGUGCGUGAGCAGUUUGCGUCAGCACCGCUGGGGCCGGACCAGUUUCGGGCUCUCCUGAAGAAGGAGGCCAACCCGGCCAAAUGGGGACCCUCCUUCUGCCGCACAGGGCGCGGCAGGUCCGACAGCACCGUGCGGCGCAUGACGACUGAUAUGCUGGCGGUCGUGUGGCGCUACUACGAAGCCCUCCUCCACCCGGAUAGUCCGAUCUACGUCGCUGAGAGCAAGCGUGCCGGCGGUCUGGGCUUGUUUGCCCGACGCACGUCCACGGUGGCGGUCGAGAGCGCCUUUGCUCCGGCUCAUCUCUUCGGCAUCUGCUUCGGCGUCACGGAGGAGCAGUUCAGCGAGCUCGAGUCAGUUGGUUAUCCCUCGCUGUACUGGCACGAGCCCAGUAUCCUGUACGGCCCGCUAUCGCUCAUCAACCACAAGUGCGGUUCGCUGCUGUGCUUCUCGUUCUCGCGCAAGAUCGAUCCCAGACAACGGCAGGCAGCGGGGAAAGCGGUCACACUCGAGGAGUUUGCGGGGCUAUCGGCCGUCUACACACUAGCGAUCCAGGAGGGUUGUCGCAUCAAGGAGCACCAGGAGAUCACCAUCGAUUACUUCAACACUGGUGGCGAUGACGAUGACAAGAAGGUCACCUUUUUUGGAGCCCCUUGUAGGUGCCGCACAUGCAGCAAGUAA